AUGGCAGCCAGCAGUUCAGCUGUGACGGUUCUGACUCCUAAUGGGAGAAGACAAGCAGUCAAAGUGUCUCCAAACACGCCGUUAUUACAGGUGCUGGAGGAUGUCUGCAAAAAGCACGGAUUUAACCCCGACGAUCAUGGUUUAAAGUUUCAGAGGACUGCUGUUGACCUCACGCUGCCAUGGAGGUUUGCCAACCUGCCCAACAAUGCAAAGCUGGAAAUGGUGACAGAUACACGGAAACAGGCAGUAGCCGACAGCCAGGUGCGGAUAGCGUUCCAGAUGGAGGACGGCUCUCGACACCAGGGUUCCUUCUCCUGCGGACAGACUCUGUGGGACCUGCUCACACUUUUCCCCCAGAUCAGGGCAGAGGAUUCUAACCUCCCCUGGGACUCUUUUAACACAACGACACAGGGGGUGCAGGUGAACUGUUUCCGGACAGUGGAGGAUCUCGUGUUGGGGUACCAGCAUCCGCACAAGGGCCUGGUCACUCCUCUGCUCUACGCUGUUCCCCGGGAUUCAGACACUGGGGAUGAGAGCUCAGAUGAUGAGAAGCCGGCUCCAGUUCCUGGCCCUGUCCACACCGCACCUUCCACUGGACCACCAGCAAAACCAGCCCCUCAUACCCUGUUCCUGGAUAAGCUGCAGGAGGUGAACACAUCCAGUACUGCGGGAGAGGUGAUCGGUCUUCUCAAUGACUACCUCUUCAGUGAGCUGCCUCUUGACAUUGAGAAUGUGCACAAAGGUGCAACGACGCUGUGCCACCUCAAGCGUACUCUGGGUACUGCGUGCCAAGGCUUAAACAGUGAGAUCGACCUGACUCUCUCAAGUCUGGAAACCCUGGCAAAUGUCUUUGACCAUCCCAGCUGCUCUUUAACAAAAACCAAAGCACAGGGCCAAGAGAUGGAGAUAGACAGCGUGUUGUUUAAGAUUUCAGCUUUGGUCAGCCUCCUUUCUUCAUUGGAGAAAAAGGUACUGAAAGCAUUACAAGAUGCAGUGACCAAUCACAAUCUGGCAGUGCAGCCGAGCCCGCCCCCUCCUGAACCGACACCCAUCAUCGUAACCUCCGUCAAGAACCAGGCCAGACAGCUGCCAGUCCACUCCUUUCAGGUGAAGAUGGUGAGGUAUGGCAGACAGACGGUUUCUGUGGACGUGGACACAGGAGUGCUGCUCUUUGACAGAAAGGCUGGUUCAUUUGGUAUAGAGAGAGUCUCACAUGACAGAAUCUUUCAGAUUGUCAAGUUCCAAAGCAGUCCGGCCAAGGUACGCAUGGUGGUGGACAGCCACCACAACACACCACGGGAGAUGACGUUUGAGAGUGCACGGAAACGCGACGCCUUCUGCCAACUCCUGCAGCUGAUGAAAACCAGACACUCUCAUCUGAGUGAACCUGAUGUGAUCUCUGUGUUCGUUGGCACCUGGAACAUGGGUGGUUCCCCGCCUCCUCGCAGCCUGCAGUCGUGGGUGACCUGCUGCGGUUUGGGACACACCCCCGAUGCCUCCACUGCCUUGCUCCCUCAUGACAUCUACGCCUUGGGGACUCAGGAAAACCCUCAGGGGGAGAGAGAAUGGACUGAACAUGUCAAAACAACUCUUCGCAGCUAUACUCACAUCGACUACAAACAAGUGGCAGUACAGUCCCUCUGGAACAUGAGGCUGGCCGUGUUUGUGAAGCCGGAGCACGAGAGUCGCAUCAGCCAUGUGAACACGGCCAGUGUGAAGACUGGCCUGGGAAACACUUUGGGAAACAAGGGAGCAGUCGGUGUGUCUUUCCUAUUUAACGGGACAUCUUUUGGGUUUGUUAACUGCCACCUGACCUCUGGAAGUGAGAAAGUCCUAAGGAGGAACCAGAACUUUGUGGACAUUCUCAGGCUGCUCUCUCUGGGGGACAAACAGCUCGGGGCCUUUGACCUCAGCCUGCACUUCUCCCAUCUCUUCUGGUGCGGAGACCUCAACUACAGACUCGACUUGGACGUACAGGACAUCCUGAAACAUGUUUCUAAGAGGGAAUUUGAGGAUCUCAUGUGUGCAGACCAGCUGACCCGAGAGAGACACAAGAGGAAGUCCUUUCUCAAUUUCAAGGAAGAGAAGAUUGCGUUCCCACCCACCUACCGGUAUGAGAGGGGCUCCAGAGACUGCUACCUUUGGCAAAAGUACAAAACUUCAGGAGUACGAGUCAAUGUGCCAUCGUGGUGUGAUCGGAUUCUGUGGAAGUCUUACCCAGAGACACACAUCUUCUGCACAGCAUAUGGUUGCACGGAUGACAUCUUCACCAGCGAUCACUCUCCUGUUUUUGCCACGUUCCAAGUGGGAGUCACGUCACAGUUCAGCUCCAAAACAGAAACAAAGUCAGGCGUGGAGAGGGCCUGGAUAGAGCUUGAAGGCAUCGAGGCCAUUGUGAAGACGGCAAGCAAGGCCAAAUUCUUCAUUGAUUUUCAUUCUCCUUGCAUCGAAGAUACACGGCGAUCAAGUGAGAAUGACUCACAGAGCUGUGAUGUUCCCAGAUUUCUCAAACUGGGCUGGUCCUUCAAACAACUGCCAAAGCUUUUUCCAAUCAAGUCUGACAUGGAGUAUCUUCAGGACCAGCACCUGCUGUUGUCUGUCAAGUCAUGUGACGGAUUUGAGUCAUACGGGGAAUGCUGUGUGGCUCUGCGCUCACUCACCGGUGCAUCUGAGCAGUUUGAGACCUUUUUGAGUCACCGAGGUGAGGAGAUGGGUUCGAUAAGAGGACGCGUCAGGGUUCAUGUGCCCAAGGAGAGACGGGGAACACGGGAGAAGACCUAUGAGUGGUUCUCCUUUGAGAAAAAUGACAAAGGUCUUGCCAGAGGACACAUGUCUCCUGCAUCUACACGUGUCCCAAUAAACAGGUCUUUGGCAGUUCCUCCUAAACUCACUGCAAGCAGCUACACCAACCCAGCCUACUUCAUCUUUGAAGGUGUGUCUGUAACACGCAGGGUGGAGGAGGCUCUCCCUCAGCUGAGGGACCCUCAGGUCAUCUGGUCUGGAAAUGAGGCAUUGCAGCUCCCAAAAAUCUCAGGACGUCAGGGCUUCGACAGAAGACCCUGUCGCAGAUCAGACUUUACAGAGAUUGAAAUUCCAGCCAUCCCACCCCAGUACACUCCAACCACUGACCAUCAUACACCCCAAACCAACUCCUCCUAUCAGCUCUUCCCAGCCAAGAGCCCAUCUCCCAUACCUCCACCCUCAGGCAACACCAUGUCACAGUACCAGGAACAGACCUCACAACCCAGAGACAAAUACCAAUGUAAGAAAAACGUUCAAGACUCCGUACUGCCAGACAAGAACCUGAGGAACUUGUAUAUGAACCAAUCAGCAAUCAUCAGGGAAAAAAACAGAAGGGAUCAUCAUCAGCUUCUCCCAGAGAGAACCAGUCCUAUCCGGGCCUCCAAGGUGCCGUCAGCGUUCCCCCACACCCCCCCUGCCUCAGCACACUCUCAGGCCUCUGUGCCCUGGAUAGUGGAUCAGCAACCGCCUGGAACUUCAGGAGACAACUCGCUCACUGCUCUGCAGAUGGCCAAGUCCCUCAGCGAAGUUGACUUCUUCCCCCCUAUGCAGAGAGGCCCAUCUAUACUCAACCAUAGGCCAAAUUAUAGGAAUGGACCUUCUAUGCAUGGAGAUAGAGGCUACAGCUGGGAGAAAGAAGUCUCGGUCCUCCAAUGUGCACCAGAAACCGUGCGGGAGCUUCUCAGCGCUCUGGGUCUCCAGAAAUACACCCUGGGACUUAGCCUCAAUGGCUGGGAUGAUCUGGAUUACUUCAGUGGUAUCACUGAGGAGGAUUUACGCGCCGCAGGAGUGACAAAUCCUUCACAUCGGCGCAGGAUCCUCGACAACCUGCCCAGAAACUGGAACUGAAAUACACGUAACAAAUACUGCUGGUACGAAACCUCGUAGUCCGCUCAUUUAGAAACUGGAAUGACUGUUAUAACCAAGAUCUUAAAGGACAGAAAGACUGAUCAAAAAUCAAUCACAUCCGCUGGACUUUGCCACACUGCUGUGGCCUUUUUAUUUACUGGAUUAAUACUGUAACCUUAGUUUGUCAAUACAGUAAAGGGAACGUGACGCAGAAAGUACUCAUUGCACAGCCGGCUUAUAGCCAUCUAUCCAUGUUGACCCAUAAAGAAAGCUGUGGGUGGUAUGACAGGAAGCGUUGACACGUAUCUUGAGUUACUCACACAUAAACCAAUAUUGAUCAUGGUAUUGAUUUCAUGUUUAAUGGAUUUUCAAUGACUAUAAAAAUAUAGUCCUUCAAUUUUCAGUGUUCACUCAAGGCUAGUGUUUACCAUUCACUUUCAUCCCUUUUACUGUGUGCUUUCCUUUACUCUGCUAUUAUUGAGCCUGGAUCCUGCCUUCUAAAAGCCCUCUAUUAAACCUAUGGAGCAUACAAUCAAUAUCUGUACAUAUCUACUGGAACAUUGUCUGUAAAGUUUGUUUACUGUGUCCUACUGUUGCUAUCAUGUCACUUAAUCGGUAGCAAUGUCCACUGUGCAUGUUUUGUGCACCCCUUUUUUUUUUUUUUUAAGUAAAGUGCAUAAAGCAACUCUUGGCUGUCACUAAGCAAUCACAAGUGUUAUUUCAUGCUGUCAGGGGCUGGAAACAGAGAAACAAUUCAAAUAUGUUCCAAUUCAUUGCACUAAUGCUGCUUAUACUAUGUUGUUUAAUGUCACCUCGCUCUAUGGCGAAGCCUAUUUAAUGGUUUUGUUUUACAAUAAAAGCCAUGCAAUUA